GAAAUCUGUGGAAGCGUGAGCGCGAUGGGUGAUAUUGCUGGCGAAGAUAUCAAAAACUUAAAUAUUAACGAAAAGGCAGGGUUAUAAACAGAUUAUUUCGUUUCAAAUAUUCAUAAUAAUUAUUGUAUGAGUGAUGUUAAAACUGGUGAACGUCCGUGGUGGCUGCGUGCUCUACUGCAAUAGGGCCUUUGCCACAUGGUCCAAGACUAAAGCAAUGAAAGAAAAAAAGAAGAAAAAUGAGGAUUCUUCAGGAGUAACAGAAAUGAAUCCAUGGCCUGAAUAUAUUCAGAAGCGUAUCAUUCUAUGGGAUAAAUACAAAUCACAAUAUACUGAGAAGUUGGCAUCAUUACCAGAAAUGAGUAUUGUAGUAACACUUCCUGAUGGCAAAACAGUUGAAGCUAGUGCCUGGAAAACUACGCCCUAUGAUGUGGCCAAAGGAAUUAGCCAAGGUCUGGCGGAUUCCACGAUCAUAGCACGCGUCAAUAACGAACUGUGGGACUUGGACCGACCGCUGGAAGCAGAUUGCAAGCUAGAACUCCUGCGUUGGGAUAACACCGAUGCUCAGGCUGUAUUCUGGCACUCCUCAGCUCAUAUGCUUGGUGAAGCUAUGGAAAGGGUGUAUGGAGGAUGUUUAUGCUAUGGCCCACCUAUAGAAGAAGGUUUUUACUAUGACAUGUAUUAUCCUGAGAAAGGAAUAUCCACCACGGAUUAUCCUGUUCUGGAGAACUUAGUUAAAAAAAUAGCAAAGGAAAAGCAGCCAUUUGAACGAUUGGAGCUAACUAAAGAACAACUGCUUGAAAUGUUUGACUACAAUCCUUUCAAAGUGCGCAUUCUCAAAGAAAAAGUUAACACUCCCACUACUACCGUCUACAGAUGUGGACCACUCAUAGAUCUGUGCAGAGGACCUCACGUGAGGCACACGGGAAAAGUGAAGGCUUUAAAAGUCACUAAGAGUUCUUCAACAUACUGGGAGGGUAAGGCGGACGCGGAGAGCUUACAGCGGGUAUACGGGGUUUCUUUCCCUGAACCCAAGCAGCUUAAGGAGUGGGAACUUAUACAGGAGGAAGCAGCCAAGAGGGAUCAUAGGAAGAUAGGCAGGGAGCAAGAGUUGUUCUUCUUCCACGAGUUGUCUCCUGGCUCCUGCUUCUUCCAGCCACGCGGCGCCCACAUAUACAAUACCCUAGUCAACUUUAUUAGAGAGCAGUACAGGGUUCGCGGCUUCCAGGAGGUAGUGACUCCAAACAUGUAUAACUCCAAGUUAUGGCAGAUGUCUGGCCAUUGGGCUCACUAUGCAGACAAUAUGUUCAGCUUUGAUGUUGAGAAGGAGACCUUCGCACUUAAACCGAUGAACUGUCCGGGACACUGCGUGAUGUUCGACCACCGCAGCCGGUCGUGGCGCGAGCUGCCGCUGCGUCUGGCGGACUUCGGCGUGCUGCACCGCAACGAGCUCAGCGGCGCGCUCUCCGGCCUCACGCGCGUGCGCCGCUUCCAGCAGGACGACGCGCAUAUAUUCUGCACCCCGCAACAGAUACACGCCGAGAUGAUGGGUUGUCUACAGUUCCUAGAGUGCGUGUACUCGACCUUCGGGUUCACGUUCCAACUGAAGCUGUCUACUCGACCAGAGAAAUACCUCGGGGAUCUGGACACCUGGAACCAAGCGGAGAAGGCGCUUCAAGAAUCUCUGAACGAGUUCGGUCGUCCGUGGCAACUGAACCCCGGUGAUGGUGCUUUUUACGGCCCCAAGAUCGACAUCACCAUACAGGACGCUCUGCGACGCAACCAUCAGUGCGCCACCAUACAGCUGGAUUUCCAGCUGCCCGAGCGGUUCAACCUUACCUAUGUUAGCGAAAGCGGUGACCGGAAGCGUCCUGUUAUAAUCCACCGCGCGGUUUUGGGCUCAGUGGAGCGGAUGGUGGCGGUGCUCACCGAGUCGUACGCGGGCAAGUGGCCGCUGUGGCUCUCACCGCGGCAAGUCUGCAUAGUGCCCGUUGCUCCCAACAACGAUACAUACGCCCUUACGGUGCGGGAUCAGUUGUACGCGGCGGGAUUCAUGUGCGAGGCGGACACGGACGCGGGCGAUACGCUCAACAAGAAAGUACGCAACGCACAACUAGCGCAAUUUAACUAUAUACUGGUGGUCGGUGAGCGGGAGAUGAGUUCUGGUACAGUGAAUGUCCGCACACGUGACAACAAAGUCCACGGCGAGAUGUCCAUACAGGGACUGAUCGAUCAUCUCAACAAGCAAGUCAAAGAAAAGACCCUCUCUGAAGAUAGUCAGUUACUCAAGUAGUACUUAAAACGUGACAUUUUCUUAACAGGACGCGGCAACAUGAUUUUUACCUCGAGAGUAUUAUGAAGCGGACUACCCUUUUUUAAAUACAUAACUAAUACAAUAGUUAUUUAAUAAAUAAAGAAAUAAUAACAAAAAAAGAGGUUGCUUGUAUUUAUAUAAGUUGUUGUAACAUUUUAUUUACAUCAGGUUAUCGGAAUUGUUAUUUAUCCCUUACUUUUUCGCACUUUCGAAUUAUUCACAUUGUUUUUUUAGAUCCAAAAUAUAACGUAGAUAAAGACUCAAAAAUAUAUGACUUGUGAAUUAAUGAAAAUAUAUAAUGAGUUUUAUAUCUUUAAACAUAAGGUUUAAAAUUCAACACAUUAGGUGCCUGCCUCGUCUCACUGGGCAAUGACAAAGCGCUAUUUAAAUCAUGCGAAUCUAUGGUCAUUUUUUAUGGUUCGAUAUUAUUACAACUUUAACGAGUCACCAUGUUGUGUGCGUCCUAAUAUACAUAUUGAAUGAAUAUUUGAAAUCUUAUUUAGUUUUCUUUGAAGUAGUAAUUUAUUUUCUUUAGUGACUUUUCCAAUCUACAAGAUGAAAAUUUUCUUGCAUUUGAAUGUAAUUUUAAGAUUCAAAUUAAGGCAUUUAUUUGAUGCUUUUUAUUAUUUAAGUCGCCUAAUGUGAAAUUGGAUUCUGGACCAAGAGCUUCUUUAGAAGAGUAGUAUUAUCGAUGAAUUUUGUACAGUUGACAGCACGUCAGAUUACUAAAGAAAGUCGAUUUCACGCAUAGAUUUAGGCCUUAGUGUGUUGUUAGUUAACUUCAAAAUUGAUUGCAGAAAAUUGACUUUUUGUUGUAAUCCUGAUGUUUGUUGCGAUGCUGUGUGUAAACGAAACCUUGUAUUGUUCCUGUUCAACCACUUAUAACCAAUAUUUAUUCUUUUAAAGAUAAAAUUAAAGUUAUGAAACUAAAAGACAGACUUUUACAAAAACAAACCUUAAAGGUUUUUACAAAAAGUAUUUUAUUUCAACUAUUGUUGCAGGGAUAUUUUUUAAAUUUUAUUUAUAACAUGUAGACUGUUUUGGGUUCUCUAAAUAAAUGUCUAUUC